UAUUCUGCUCCAUUUCAUUGACCUUCCGACUUUUCGUUCAGACUUCAACUUCUUCAUUACAAAUACUCAACCCCCCUCACCCCCACGCAUUUUAGAAAAUUUGAGAGAAAGAGAGAGAGAGAAAAAAAAAAAUGGAAGUGAGCAUUGGCAACAGAAGUAGAAGAAGCAGAACCACCAUGUUUGUGGUUUUAGUAUUUGUGUCAGCCACUCUGUGUUUGCCACAUGUGUCCGUGUCUGUAUCAGCACACCAAUGCAAAGCAUGGUUGGUCCAAUCCAUCCCCACCGACAUGCCCCACCUCGCUCGAGUCUCUGGUGUCCUCUCCACUGGGGAUGUGUUUCGUUGGUUAGCUCAGAACUCGAGCCAUAAACUGGACAUAAUAGCUCAGUACUGGCAACUGAAUGCGCAGCCCAAAGACCCUCGUUCCGGGGACUAUGGAUAUUCAGAAGCUGAUAUGAGCAGAUUCGGUGCUGCUCAGGGGUCUCAAGUUUACAAGGCCAUUGAGGACGCAGCUGAUCGCAAUGUUUCCAUUAGGCUAGUGUCACACUCAGGAGUUUAUCCAGACUUUACAAAAGAACCAUCCAACCUUGCUUCACGAAGGCCAAAUGUGAAGAGUGUGACUUUAUUGCAUAGUGAAUGGUGGGGUUCUGGCAUAGUCCAUGCUAAAGUAUGGAUAUCAAAUCGUCGAGAUGUAUAUAUUGGAUCUGCAAACAAUGACUGGAAGUCUCUCACACAGGUGAAGGAAGUUGGUAUUUAUCUUGUUGGUUGUCCAAAAAUUGCAAAGAAGGUUGAAGCCUACUUUGAAAACCUGUGGCAACUUGCACAUCUCAAUUCUGCAGCUUACACCAAAACAGUGUGGGAUCAACAAUGGCAGGCAGAAAGAAAAGUUCCUUGCUGGUCACGCUUUGUUGAUUCUGAAGAGAGGUGCUGGUCGCCUCUUGAUGAUCAUUUUGUGAGGAUUCCUCAUGUAGCAGGAUAUCCUACAUUGUCCCACCCUCAUAUGUUUAAAUUGCCAAUUCAGAGUCCCGGGCAGAACUAUUCAACUUUGCAGCCUGAAUUUAGCUAUCUCUCUUUUGCUCCUCCAGAGCUAUCAUUUGGCACAUACCCGCCAGAUGAACAGGCAUGGGUGGAGACAAUAAAGUCUGUAGGAAGCGGAGCAACUCUUAGAAUUAGUACCAUGGACUGGCUUGGUCAGUCCCAAUAUAUGAAGCCAACAGUUUAUUGGUCAUCCCUUUCCUCUGCUGUAUCAGAGGUUGUCUUCUCCAAGCAUGCAACAGUGAAGAUAUUAGUAGCCUACUGGGCACAUUUUAUCGACAAUACUGAUCAGUACCUGAAGUCUCUCCUUUACUCCAAUGUUCUCUGCAAUUCAUCAAAGUACAACAAAUGUUCUGGAAAAGUUGAGAUCAAGUACUACAGGGUUCCAGGUUUCAAUUUGACAGGACCUGCUACUCAAAAGGGAACUAGUACAGGAAAUGUUUACCCUGGAUAUACCAGGGUAAACCAUGGAAAGUAUGCAGUUAGUGAUGUGCGAGCCCACAUUGGCACAAGCAAUCUUAUUUGGGAUUACUUCUAUACAACAGCUGGGGUCAGCUUUGGAACAUACAACCCUGCCAUUGUUUCGCAACUUCAACAAAUCUUUGAUGCUGACUGGAGUUCGCCAUAUGCUAUUCCGGUUGAAGAGUUGGAGGUUGGUCAUGCUUGUCCAAGAUGAGGAGUAAUUGAACUUGUUGAUUUGGAUUAGUUCCAAAUCAGUAAAUAAUGGUCUGAAAUUAAAUAAAGCUGAGGAGUAGCUGAACUUGUUGCUUUAGGCAAGUUCCAACCAGAAAAUGAUAGGCUUGAAACAAAGGGUUUAGUACAUUUGAUGUAAAUUAGUUAAGGAAUUGGAUUUGGUAUUACGAAGAAUAAAAGUUUACAAUUGAAUAA